AUGGGGAUAUAUUAUAGUGUAAUAUCAUUAUUUUCCUCACCAACAGAAACUGAUAAUAGAAAUGUUCAAACAAAUUCCAAAUAUAAGAAACGUCGACGUCGACGUCAGAAACAACAACAUUUAUUAAAUCAAUUUUAUUUAGGAUCAAAACAUUUUCUAGUUAAUACACAACCAAAUACAUGUCUUUUCAAUGAAUAUUAUUAUUCAAAUUCAAGGAAAGAUUCAUUAAAUCCUAUACAUCUACAUAUUUCAUUACCAGAAACGAAUCAUUCAACGAUAACACAUCCUAUUCAAUGUACAAUAGCAAUACGAAGAGAUUCAUUGAAAUUAAUUCAUUGUCAUGAUGAUUAUUGUUCAAUUGAUUUUACAUUCGAUGCUGAUUGUCCUGUACAAAUAUACAUCUAUUUUAUGGCACAUGAAUUAUAUACAAAUAAUAAUGGAUCAUUAUCAUAUGUAUGUUGUGAGAAAACAAAUUAUUCAAAUACAUUUAAACAAUCUUAUGCAUUUAUUCGAUCUGCUGGUCAUGGACAAAUAUUUUCAUCAAUACUAAAUGACAUUCGUUUUCCUCUAUCAAUAUUACGUGAAAAUCAUCAUAAUUGUACAAUGAAAAAUCGUGUAUAUCCACUUGUGAUCAUUUGUCGAGAAUUAAAUAAAAAUUCAACAACGACAACAACAACAUCAUUUCCAACAUUUGAUCAAUUCCAUAUUGUAUUAGCAACAAUAAAAUUACUUCGAUUAAAUGAUACAACAUUACCCAUAACACUUGAUCGUGUAUCUGUUGUUUUACUUAAUCAAAAACAUGUUUAUAAUGGUAUAGUAUUUAAAUUAUUUGAAUUAUAUGGUAUUGAAAAUUAUUCAUCGAAAUCUUCUAAAACUAAUCAACAAAAUAAAUCUUUAAUUCAAAUUAUUUCAACAUCAAAUCUUAAUGAAAAUGAACCAUUUUUAAAUUCUUCAUCUAAUUUGGAUAUAUCAUUAAAUGAAAGUACAUGUGUAAUUUGUUUAACUGAUAUACGUAAUGUUUUAUUACUUCCAUGUCGACAUAUUUGUUUAUGUAGUUCAUGUGCUGAAAAUCUAAAAUUUCAAUCAACUAAUUGUCCUAUAUGUCGUAUACCAUUUCGUGCUUUAUUACAGAUGAAUGCAUUAUAUUGUCAAAAAAAUUCUUAUAUUAACGAAAAUAAUGAUGAUGAUGAUUUAAUAUUUGAAAAUAUGUCACUUAUUGAUGCACUUAAUUUAUCAACAAUAAAACAAAUUAAUAAACAAACCAUAACAACCAAUGAUAUGAAGUAUUUUUGUAGUGAACAUUCAGUUUAA